AAACACGAAAGCUCCUGGCAGCCUACUAAAUAUGGGUGUACAUACUACUACAUAGGUAACUAACUCUUAAGCUUUGUUCCAAGCUUCAACAUCUACAACCACCUGCCAACCCAUCAUUCAACUACCACCACCUCGCCCAAAAAAACUUUUUACGAUCUCGGCCUGUGGAAGAAAAGAAAAAUAUCGUCAAGUAUCCGAAAACAAAAAAACACAGCCAAAGCUUUAAUCAAUCCCUCUAAGCAACCGCCAAGAUGUCAAUGCGCAUCGUCCCCCCCGCCGACUACAGCAGCACCUACAAAGCCGUCAACACCUCUGCGCCCUCCGCCCCGGGCAUCCACGACACUUUACGCCACGGCGUCGGGCCCUCCUCCCUCCCCGCCGACCUCUCCACCUCAUCCUCCUCAUCCACCCCCCCGGUAUCCCGCCACCCCCUCGAGUCCCGCCUCAAGGCCUGGGAGUCGACGCAAGAAGCCCUGCGCAUGGAGGUGCUGCGGCGCACGUACGGGAUCGCGGAGCCCAUCCGGCGGGGCAUGGAGCUGCGGAUCGCGCGGGACGGCGAGUGGCGGCCCAUGGCGCUGGGCGGCGGCCCGGGGAUCCCGAGCGUGCAUGAGGAUGUGCUCCGCGGGCGCGAGGCGACGCUUACGUGGGAGGAUGUUUUCACGGGCGAGGAGCAGCGGGGUGGGGUUUCGGUGCAUGAUGAGAUGGAGAGGAAGCUGAAGAUCUGAUGACUGGUCGCUUAUCCGCCACUUGCCUAUCAUUUGAGCUGUCUCCGGGGAAGAGCAUAGGGAAAUGGUGGGUGGGUGGAUAACAUGGCAUGGCAUGGCAUAGAAAACUGGCCGUGUCUGCUAGUUCACAACCGAUCAUGAUUAGGAGGUUGAGGUCUACUGAGCCCGGCACACGUACACUGAGGGUAUUCAAUACUACUUCUUCUUUCUUUUACGAUACAGUCAUGAAUACAUCAAGGAUUAGACAGCCCAGAAGAACAAGCAAUCAUCUCAUCCCACUUUGCCAAUCAUCAUAAGCCAACUUUUUUACAGUACCACAAAGUGAUAAAACUGAUGUUUGAAAUGCUCACAAUAUAUAUA